AUGCCGAUCGCCACGGGGCUGGAGGCGGCGCGCGAGCUGGAGUGCGUGGCGCUGGGUGCGAUGCUGCGGGAGCCGCGGGAGGCCGAGCGCACGCUGCUGCUCGACUGCCGCCCGUUCCUGGCCUUCUGCCGGCGCCACGCGCGCGCCGCCCGGCCGGUGCCCUGGAACGCGCUGCUGCGGCGCCGGGCGCGGGGCACCCCCGCCGCCGCCCUCGCCUGCCUGCUGCCUGAUCGGGCGCUCCGGGCGCGCCUGGGCCGCGGGGAGCUGGCCCGCGCCGUGGUGCUGGACGAGAGCAGCGCGUCUCUGGCCGAGCUCCCGCCCGACGGUCCCGCUCACCUGCUGCUAGCUGCGCUGGUGCACGAGAUGCGCGCGGGACCCGUGGCCGUAUGCUUCCUGAGAGGAGGCUUCGAAAGCUUUCAGGCGUGCUGUCCGGAUCUGUGCUCUGAAGCUCCAGCCCAGGCGCUGCCUCCUGCCGGGACGGAAAAUAACAGCUCUGACUCUAAGGCUUCCAUCCAUGACCAGGGUGGUCCUGUGGAAAUCUUGCCCUACCUGUACUUGGGCAGCUGCAGCCACUCCUCAGACCUUCAGGGCCUGCAGGCCUGCGGCAUCACAGCCGUUCUCAAUGUCUCAGCCAGCUGCCCCAACCACUUUGAGGAUCUUUUCCGGUACAAGAGCAUCCCAGUAGAAGAUAACCAGAUGGUGGAGAUCAGCGUCUGGUUCCAGGAGGCUAUCAGCUUCAUUGACUCGGUGAAGAAUAGCGGGGGCCGCGUCCUGGUGCACUGCCAAGCUGGCAUCUCUCGCUCAGCGACCAUCUGCCUGGCGUACCUGAUUCAGAGCCACCGGGUGCGGCUGGACGAGGCCUUUGACUUUGUUAAGCAACGCCGGGGGGUCAUCUCCCCCAACUUGAGUUUCAUGGGGCAGCUGCUGCAGCUUGAGACCCAGGUGCUGUGCCAUUGAGGCAAAACCCCACAGGGCCGGCUCUCACUGACUCCUGGGGAGCCUGCUUCCGGCUGCCGGGCUCCUCUCCGGCCUGGCUCAUCUCUCCUCACCUCGUCCUCAAGGUGGGGUGCUAGGAAAGCCAGUGUGAUGGCUUUUCUGAUAUGGUGCUCUUCUGAGGGGGACCAGGGCUAUCUGUUCUCCCUCCCCCAGCUCUGGCAGAAACUAAUUGGACUCUGAACCUAUGUAUUGCAGUCCUACUAUGUUAAAGCCUUUGGUAGUCCAAGGGCUCAAAAAAAAAACAAGCUGUGACAAGCAGGAACCAAGUUUAGGGGCGUGCACCCCUUGACCCAAACCUCUAUAGAGUCUUGUGCUCCCAGGGGAGCCAGGAAGUGACGCGUGUGUUGUGUUUCUGAUAUCUUGCCUUCAUGUGUAAGUCUGUGUGCCUCUCACCGUAAUUGGUGCUGAAAAGUUAUUGGUGUUCAACUGACAUGUCACACUCCCUCCCUGGUUUCCUCCCAGCCCUGUGGGCUAGGGAGGGGCCGUUCGAAACAGCACUUUAUAUUUAUACAGAACAUU